GACAAAAACCAAGAUCCAAAAGCAGGCCUAGCCCCAGUUACCCAAGACCAAGAUCCGGAAGCUGGCCCAGGCCCCGCAACCCAAACCUAUAGAGAGAAGCAAACAAUUAUUCAAUCUAAUAUAAACCAAAAAAAAUACGCCUUAGAAAACUAUUUUCAAUCAAUUUACAAAGUAGAAGAUGGAAUUAUAGAAAAAGAGCCACCCUCAAAAAAUAUAGAAUUUUUAGAAAGAAGACCAGACCCCACUAGACAACACCAAAAUUUUAAUUCUAUGACGGUAUAG